AUGGCGUAUACCUCGUUACUCCACAAAGGAAUGAAGCUUCUCGGGGAGAGUGGGAGAACUUAUAUUGUUAUCGCUCCGUUGGUACAGCGUAGUUUCCCUAACGUCUGGAAGGCGCAUCAUUGGAACAACGAAAAGGACCAGUUUGUUAUCAAACACCCGCAGUCUGAUGACAGCCCCGAGAAAGGAUGGCCAGCUUUUCGAAAAGAGAUGGAGAUGCAGAGACUCUUUCAGCCUGCAAAAUUUAUCCGCAAGAUGGUCGAUGUCAUUCCCUCGCGUUCUGACAUGGAACCAACAAUGAUGGUUUUGGAGCCGUUCGAAAAAACACUGUGGUCUGCGCGGACACGAAGACCCCUUACAACCCGCGAAAUCAAGCACAUCAUGAAAUUGGCACUUCUAGGUUUACGGGAAGUCCAUGAGAAGGGUCUCGUAUACUGUGACUUCAAGAUGGAAAAUGUUCUUCUAAAUGGAUUCGAUGAUACUGACCCAGCUAGCGAUGAUGUGGCUAUUCCUUUGAGGAUCAAUGUGAAGUUGGCGGAUCUUGGUUCUGUCAUGGCGCCCGACCGAGGCGAAGUGACUUCCAUCACAUACAGGAGUCCGGAGGUCUACUUUGGCAAGGCAUGGACAAGCGCCGUUGAUAUCUGGGCCUGGGGAAUUGCAGUAAGAGACCCAACAGUCUUGAAUGUGAUGGAUGUUCUAAGCAAUGGCCCACAAAGUACUUUCAACUCCUCCAAGCGCAGAUUGAUUUUCAUUCGCCUGGUAUAUACGAUUCCGUAA